ACAACUAGAAGGAAGCUUUUUUAAUUCGUUGUUCCCUUCAUUUUAAAGUUUCUGCUAUAAAUACACUCCUGAAGUUGCAUCCUUUGAUUGUCCUCCGUCUUUAUUUCCAGCCUUUCUUUUAUUAUAGCAAUCGAGGAAACUGCUCAAAGCAACUUCCACAUUCUCAUUGAGAGAUCUGAUCCUUAGUACAAAAUGGAGCAUGAAGACAGCUACAAGCGAGUUUCAGGGCCAAAAUACGAGUGUCUUCUCUUUGAUGUUGAUGAUACACUUUAUCCACUGAGCUCUGGUAUUUCAGCACAAUGCACCAAGAAUAUCAUUGAUUAUAUGAUUGAAAAGCUUGGGAUUGAUGAGACUAAAGUUCCAGAAAUGUGUAUAAGCUUAUAUAAGGAGUAUGGAACAACCAUGGCUGGUCUCAGGGCCAUUGGUUACGACUUUGAUUAUGACGACUACCAUCGUUUUGUACAUGGUAGAUUACCUUAUGAACUUUUAAAGCAUGACCAUGUUCUGAGGAAUCUUUUGCAUAGCUUGCCUGUUCGGAAAGUUAUAUUUUCAAAUGCAAAUGAAGCCCAUGUGGCAAAAGUUCUGAGCAGGCUGGGAUUAGAGGACUGCUUUGAUGAUAUCAUAUGCUUUGAGACUGUAAAUCCUAACAACAACAGCAGUGUACAAGACAACAACAAUGGUGAAUCCCCUAGUACUCUUAUUGUUUGCAAACCCUUCGAAGAAGCCUAUGAACAAGCUUUUAAAAUAGCCAAUAUUAACCCUCUGAAGACGCUGUUCUUUGAUGACUCGGUUCGUAAUCUUCAGAUUGCUAAGCUCACGGGCCUUCAUACUGUAUGGGUGGGCGCCUCGCAUAGAACAAAAGGUAUAGAUCAUGCACUAGAAAGCAUUCAUAACAUGAAGGAAGCAUUACCGGAGUUAUGGGAAGAUGUUAAACCAGACAUUCGCUACUCGAAAGAGAUUGCAAUUGAAGUGAGAGUUUAGUUGUGUAAUCUCACAAUAAAGACAACCAUAUAGUUGUAGUUAUUUAAUUUUUUUACUUUCUCUUUUCCUUGUCUUGUUUCUUCUUUUGCCUGUUAACCUGAAUAACAGUUGUUUCAUUGAUUUCA